AUCAAAACUGUCACAAACGAGGUUUGACAGUGGAGAAAUCAUCGUGGCAUGAAAUAUUGUUUUACGUUAUAUUUUCUUUUAAUCGUUUUUGCAGCGGCUGCUUCGCAUUGCGACGAUGUGGAAACAUCGGUUAAAACAAAAAAUCCCGGACAGCAAGCUUCGAAUAUAGCACAGAAAGCAGCUCAGGAAGCUAAGGCUGCGGAAGAUGCUAUGCAACAGGCGGGACAGCAAGCGGCUAGACAAGUUAAGACACAACUGGCCGAAAAGGCUGUUGAAGCAGCCAAAGCUGCUGAAGCCGCUUUAGCAGGUAAGGAGGAACUAGUAGAACGACUUCAAGAACAAGAAAAAGAAGCUGAAGUUGUCGUCAAUGAAGAAUCAGCCAACCUGCAACAACUCCAAAUGACCGUCCAAGCUGCCACCAAAGCGGCUCAGCAAGCCCAAACAGAACUGAAACUCUUACAAACCACCUUACAACUGGCUCAAGGUAACAAUUGUAUAUGCGCAUGCUUAAAACCGUAUCUUUUGCAGCUCAUUCAAAUACAUACAGGAAAUGCGGCCAAUUCUCAACAGGCGCUGGACGGGUCUCAGCAACAGUUGCAAGACAAAGAGGAACUGGUUGAAGCUGCUAAAUCGAGAGUGGAAGAACUUAAUAAGAUACUGCGUGCUUCCAAAGCCGAGCUGUCCAAAACGAAGGAAUCUGCCAAGAAAGCUGAGCAGGCGGCCAGUGAGGCUAAGCAAGCUGCUGGAAGGAGCAAAAGGAAUGUAAAAAGGAGCGUUAAAAUUGAAGAUGAAGAAUCAUAAUAUACAUACACUUUU